CUGUGGAAGUAGCAGAAGAAUCUCGUGUUGUGAAUUUUGUUGACAAUUUGUGCACCUUGCCGGUUUUGCGGCCUAAGUUUUCACAGAAUUAUAGAUAUUAUUUGAAAUAAGGAACAAUCAAAAAAUGUUUUCCUUUCGAUUUCGUGCCAUAGCUAAUCUAUUAACAUUGAAGAAUGGUGUUUCCUUAAGCAAUGUGUAUCAAAACCCACAGAGCUCCUCAAGAAUGUUGUAUGGUUCCUUAUCUACCACAAACCCUUCUCCAAAGUGGGAACUCCUUAGUGCAAUUUGUCUUGAAAGAACACCAAUUAUAAUGCCCCCAAUGGCAAAAAUUGAAGAAGAAAUGGCAGACAUGUUUCAGAAGCUUGAUACCAUGAAAAGCCUCAAAUCAGACCAUGAACUAAAACAAGAUGAAGACAAAAAAGUUAUUGCAAGUCUUGCAGGGGAAAAUCAAGAUGAGAGCAACACAGAUGUAGCAACAAGGCAAACAGCUCAAGAUUUUGAAGAUGCUUGCAAUGAAGAACUUAGCAAAUUCAAACCUGGAUCAAAGAUAACAGCUGAAGAUUUGAAUGGAGAUCUAAAGUCUACAAACAGGAAACUGGACAAGCACCUAGUGUUUGUUGUUCAAGAAAAAAAAGAAGGCAAGAAAAUUUGGAAGCUUCCCCAUGCCCAAUGGAUAAGCGGAGAGACGCUACGUGAAACUGCAGAACGAGCUUUAAAGGAACAUGUUAAAACACCUGAUACGUCAGUUAGAGUGCUAGGAAAUGCUCCAUGGGGAGUGCACACUAUCAAGUAUCCUUCGUCAAUUAGGGAAAAGGUAGGAUUUACUGGUGCAAAGAUCUUCUUCUUCAAAGCACAGCUUCUUUCUGCGUGCACGACUUGUUCAGACACAGAACACCAUUGGCUGGGUAGAAACGAGCUUACAGAAUAUCUUGAUCCGCAAUACUUACGUAGCGUCCAAAAAUUUCUUAUUGAUGAAGACUAGUUCGUUUAUAGCAUAGGAUUUGUUAGACAAGUCAUAAAAUACAUAAUUUUGUCUCACA